AUGAAUUCCGGAACACUUUUGGUCACAGCAGUCGCUGUUCACGGCUUAUCGGAACUUGGACUCCAAGAGGCUAGAACAUUCUUUGGAUGCUUUGUUUCUCCCAACGAAAAGCACCGCACUCAAUCCCGGGAAGGACUGGAACCUCAGUGGAACCAGACGCUGCAGUGCAAUGUCAGUGAAGGCCACAAUGAUUUGACCAUCGAACUUGUCAAUGAACAUGAAGCCCGUCCCGGCGUUUUGGGUAGCGGUAAGAUCUCCCUCGAUCAGGUCUUUCAAGAAAAACAGGCAGAACAAUGGGUGCCAAUCCGAGGCCCCAACGGUGAAUUUGCAGGACAAGUCUUUGUAAGACUUGCAUUGUCGUCACCGUAUACACAAGCACGGGAGGGCCCAUACGCCACCUCGGAUGAACACGCCCCACCGCCCUAUGGUGGCCCUGCGAUGUAUCCUCCUGAAAAGCAACAUUCAUUCAGUAGCGCCGAUGGGUCUCCGUAUCCUUUAGACAGACAAGGAUCGUUUGCUUCAUUAGGACCCGAACAACCCAUGCCAGCCAACUAUGGUACAGGGGCUCCACCCCAGUUUUCCCCUCCUCAGCAAGCGUACCCUUACGGCAUGCCACCCCAAUCCAGCCCUGACUCAAGUGUAGGCACUGGCAGCCCUUAUACUCCGCAAGCGGAGAUGCCUUCCGAAAAGCCAAAGAAGAAGAUUCCCGAUUGGAUGAAAUAUGGUGGAGCAGCUUUAGCUGGUGCUGCAGCCGCGGGCCUGGGCGCUUGGGCGGUCCAUGAAAUAAAGGAACAUUAUGAAGAGGAAGCAGAGGAGGAAGCAGAGGAAGAAGCACACCAAGAAGCAGCACGUCAGCGUGCUAUGGAACGGGAAGAAUAUCAAGAGCACGUACGUGACGUGGAAGAGGAAGAAGAAGAAGAGCGUAAAGAGAGCUCUUCCGAAAGUUCCGAAUCCGACCAAGAAGAGGAACGCACUUCAGGCAUUGACGAUUCCCGAUGGCGCUAA